AUGGAAGACCAAGAAAAUCCGAGCUUUGCUUGCGUCCUCGAGCCUGCGCAGUUGCAGCGACCCCAUUGCGAUCAAUGUCGCAUUAUCAUUGCCGACUACGAAUGCCAUCGCUGCGUUCAGCGUUUUUGCAGGCAGUGCGAACUAGUAAUUCACCAUCGACUAGCAGAGCUGGCAGUCAAACACGAAGAAAGUAAGAGCGAUGGAAGGCCUCAUCAGGAAUUUCUUAAGUGGAUCAGCGCUUGCCAGGAAUGUGGACAAAACAUGCAAGAAUUUUUUUGUGCAAAUUGCAAUACGUACCAAUGCGAAAGCUGCUGUGCAACAAAGCAUCGUCAGCUGGAGAUGCACUUAUUCUUUUGUGUCGAAGGAUCGUCGCCAAAAAUGUUUCCAUUCGCAAGCUGGAACCUUUUUUUUGUAGAGAUGGUCAAGAAAAGCAAAGGCGAUUUGCAAGUCAGAGCUGCUAAUGCAAAGCCAGCGAUUGUGCUCGCUUGUGAGAGCGUGCGCGAGACACAAAAAGCUAAAUCCACUAUCAGGACAGCAGCACAUGAAUAUUCGGAAAAAGCCGUCUUCGCGAAUUCAACGGUGGCAGCAUUGGGAAAUUUGUCAAUUAAUGUACCUUUUGCAGCAACAGCGCCCACCGAAACCACAAAACAUCACGGAAAAUGUUCAACACGUCUCAAUUCCGCUUCGAUUGUGGAUUUAACAUUUGACGACGAAAGCGAGAUAAGCUCAGGUCAUGUGUCUAUUCCCCCACCUCAGCCGUAUAUCAAAGAUGAAUUUCGAGUUAAGGUUGAAAACUCGUGGCUGACAUCAGUCGCAUCUGACCAACACAAUCAAGUGUAUGACGCUGAUGAGCUAAUGGAAAAAACAAUGGGAGACGACGAAGAUCCCAUCGUGCGUUCCGUGAUCGGCGAGUAUAAUGCCCUCAGCGCAAAAAUUUUCGAGAUUGACCAGGAGGUUGAUCGUGUCAAGAAGAAAACCAAAGAACUGUCCGGUGUGAAACCGAUUAAUAUGCAAGAGGUGCAAAAAGCCCUUUCCAUUGCUCAAAGGCUUCGCAAACACAAGGCAGAGGCUGAAAAGUCUAGAGACGGAGUAGUCGCUAACGUUGUCGCUUACUUAAAAUCCGACCCCGACGAGAUGAAAGCAUUCCUUGACACUUGUACCGCCGAUGUUCCUACUGCUCAGACUGCCAUCCACCGUAAGUGUGCAGCACUUGAAGCGAGCAUCUUAUCAAAGCUGGAGGAUAUACGAAGGAAUCAGCGCAAUAUGGAGGAAUUGAUGAGCUUAAAAAAGGACGCUUUUGCAGAGGUCACUCGUCUUGGGGCUGAAAUCGCUCAGGGUGAGGAUGAAGUACGCAAAUUGGACAAAGAGAGGCGAGGGGAAUUUAUAACAUUGUGUCAGUUUAGCAAGUCAAUUCAGGCUACUGUUCGGGAAAUGGCAGCGAACGUUAAGAGCUGA